CAGCUGGUGGAUAAGAGAUGACAACUGGGAGGUGUCAGAAGCCUAUCUAGACAGGAUAGGUGGGUCUUAGCUGAGAGAGUGUGAAAUGCAUUACUUAGAAUGUGUAUACAAGUGUGUGUUUGUGUGUUUACAUGUGUGUAUGUGGUUGUACAUGUAUGUAAAUAUGUGUUUUACCUCGAGUGUGGUGGUCAAGAAUUUGGGCUUGGCCAUCUGGGUUCUAAUUCUGGCUCCAGCACUGCUAGCCGUGUAACACUUGGGCAAGUUACUUGACUUCUCUGGGCCCUUAGUGUUCUCGUCCGUGAGAUGGGAUAAUAAUAGAACAUACUGCAUGGGAUGCUGUGAUGACAUAUUUUGUGUACAUACAUAUAUGGUUCAGAACAGGUCCUGGCCCAUAGUAAGCACUGUAUCAGUAUUAGCUAUUAUUAAGUGUGUUCUUGGCUUCUGAUGAAGUCCAGGCCUGGGAGGGGCGAUGGUGGCAGGGAAGGUGGGGGUGACCAGCCAGGUUGCUUGCGUCCGGCUUGCCUCUCACAUCCUCCCCCUGUUCAUCUCACUUCUAGCCCACCGUAGACCAUGACCUAAUCCAAUAGGUCUUCCUCUCUGUCUCUCCCCUGCCCUGCCCUACACUGCCCUGCCCUGGGCUGGGGGCCAGGGGAUGUGCUUUAAUUGUCCAAAAGCUUUUUAGCAGAAUCUGAAUUCAUUGUUUGCCUGCCAGCGCACUGGGGCCCUGCUCAUAUAUAAAUACCUGGACAAUGUGCUCAGUUUUGGCUACCCGUCCCGUGGUUGGCAGCGAUUUCAUCCUGUGCCCUUGGAAAAUCACUGGGGUGGAAGAUGUUGGGAGUAGGGGAUGGGGUGGAGGGAAGCCCGUGGGGCAAACGAGGCCUCCAUUCCUAACCCAUGGGGUAGCCAGUUCAGCCCGACGGAGCUCAGGCACAGUGCUUUCCAGGGGUCUGGGCCCCUGCUCUCCAGAGCAUCACAGGGAAGCAUAUGCAGCCCUCCCUACAAUACUUUUGGAGUGAGCCACUCCUUUGCCCUAUGCUAAUAACUGAGCUGCAUCACUGCUCUGGACUGCUCUGAGUGAGUGCUAUCAAGGGUUCCUGGUCCCAGCACCUCAGGACUGGGCCGCUGCAUUGUGUCCUUGUACUACACUGCAUCUCAGCCCUGCACUGCAUGACCGAGCUGGGAUUCUGCAUUGCAUUGGCUCUGUGGACUCUCCUGGGUUUCUGCGGGCUCCGUCUCUGCAUGGUCCCAUUGUACUGUACCUCCGUCCUGCAGUUGUAUGGCCAUUUGUGUCUUUGCAGCUCUCUUCUGUGUGGUCUUACUCUAUCAGCCAUCACUGUGGCAUGGGGCUUGUAGACUCUCCUAGAAUUUGGGCAUAGCUCCUAGCAGUGCACCACUGUGCUGUGCCAACAGAUGGCAUGCCACCACAACACUGCAUCUUGCAUCAUAUGGCAUCUCUGUACUGCACUGCAUUAUUGCAGUGGGCAUCCACACUGCACUGGUUAUGUGGACGUCCUGAGUUUUUGGGCACAGCCCCUCUGCAUUCUACUAUUUGCACUGCACCAACACAGUGCAUCUUUGCCUCACAUAGCUCUUCCGUCCCACCGCCUCGCUGCACUGCCCUGGAUCCGUGCCUGCGCCUGGCCCAGCGCUUCACACUGCACCACUGCUACUGUAAUCUGCCCGCUGUGGGGUCCUGGCCUUUCUGUGUAUUACCACCGAGGUGUCGGAUGGUGGCCUUGCCCAGGUUUCUCUUGGCAGCCCCAGUUGAGCGACAUCUUUGUAUGGAACGUCCUCACUCCAUGCACCUCCACCCCUCCUUGCAUGCUGUGCAGGGGAUCUAUACUUACACUGCAGUUUGGAGCCACUUUGGUGGGCUUUGGGACUGGCCUGAGUUUUUAUGGGCAGCAUCUUUGCACGGUACCCAGUGCUGCAUCUGCACUGCACAGCAUUACUGCGCCAGACCUGAACCCUGCACUGUACCUGCUCACUGUUGGGUUGUGUGCACUCUGCUGGAUCUCAGGACCCAGAGCCCUUGCAUUGAAUUUACUGCUCCACACAGCACCGUCACUGCAUUCCAUGUUUGUACCACUUUCUGCCCCCGCAUCUACACCUACUCUGCUCCUCGGGACUGUGUCGAGCUUGUAUUCUGGACUGGGUUUCCACAUCCAGCAGUUCCUUCUGCACUGCACCACAUCCUUCUCGUCCUUGUAUCUCUGGGCUGUUCUACAUGCCUACAGCGGACACAAAAUCAUUUCCGUGAGAAUUUUUGGAGCGCCAACUAUGUGCCUAGCCCUGGGCUAGUGUCUGGAGGGGGAGAAGUAUGUGUGAGCUUGAACUUAGCACCUGGGCAUUCCUACAAACACCUAUCACUUAGCACUGGGCGCCAGCCCAGUGUACCACUAAAUGCACUGCACUGGUGGGCUGUGCCUUUGUGAAGUUGUGGGUCAUGCCAAUGAUGGAUGGGGCACCUCUACGCUGCAUCAUGGCACUGACCAGUUCUGCAGUUCUGUUCCAUGUGCUGUUCCAAGUGUCUGUAUCGGGGGCUGUGCACACUGUGUGCUCUGCUUCCCUGUGUUGUAUAACUGCAUUCUGCCUCUGUACAGUGUGGCACUCCUGCCCUAUACCCUCAGCACACCACACCAUGGCACUACCUAGCCCUCGCUCUUCACGGGACAGUUAGAAAGUAUAGAUCUUCACACUGCACUGUGUUUUCAAAUGACACAGGGUGUCUGCACUGCAAGGGUCUAUGUACUCUUUGCCCAUUGUACCUCUAUACAGCACAGGUACCCCAUUCAGCCCUUUGCCUCUGUGUGGAGUCUGAUUCUAUCCUGUGCCUUCCCAUAUACUGCCAAUAUGGCAGCCCUGCCCAUAACUUUGGGAUUUGGGGAUGUAUAUUGAUCAGGAAGAUGGGGAGUGGGUCUGGCUUAAGUUCCCCCUGAUACAGUUAGCUUCCUUCUAUCCUCAGUGGAGAUGGAAGGAUGUUGGCAUUGCUGGGUUCAGUGUUGGCUCCUGUAGGGAUCCCAGCUCAUCUUAUUCUUCCUGCGGCAUGCUCUGGGUGAUCUCCCUGGUGGCAGCUUUUGGAGAGCCCUGGCUGAAAUCUGGAUGUUUUGAUCUGGACGAGGAGAGCAUGAAGUGGGCUGGGUCACUCAGCUGGAGACAUGGUCCUUGAGCUUGGGUGGGGUUCGUUGGGGUCAGACUCUCUGGGAUCAUGGGGUCAAUAGCCCAGCCACUGUUGGCCAUCUACUCUACACAGGGUUUAGGGAUGGGGUUCAAAGGUACAGAGACAGUCCCUAACCUCCGGAAGGGAGGAGGUAGCUGUUAGGUCUGAGUUAGAUCGGUAGUUGGGAUGGAUGGGACUGGGUUGGGCAAGAAUGUCCAGGGGGUGAGGCCAGUGUGGGUUCCAGGGCUGGGCGGGGCUACCUAGAGUAGGGGUGUGGCUUUGAAUGAUGAAAUAGACCUGUGUUGUCACUGGGAUUGUAUUUGGGUUCCCCAGGCCAGGGUUGGGGCUGUGCAUGAGAUUGGGUGUGAUCCCAGCCCUUAAAUGUGUAAUCUUUUGGGAGAAGCUUUGUUUCUCCUGGGGCCACCCUUGGGAACUGGAAGUUCUAUUGGCAAACCAAAGGAAACAAAAAUCUCCUUGCAAACAGACUCUGUUUACCUAGGGUCUUCAGAAAACAGCUGGCCGACGCAGUUGACACAGAGCACGAUUCUCUGUCUGGUGGUCAGGAAAGUCUAGUGCUCACAUUGUCGUAGUGCUCACACGCACACACCCACACCAACACCCACAAACACACAUGCACAACUUCUCUCUACCCUGCCACGUACACUCACCUUCUCCCUUAGGCAUGUGCUUAUCACUGGAUAUGCUCAUAUACCUCUGCACAUAAAUGUAUACCUACACUGUACCCACAACUUCACAGCACACUGCCUGGGAUGCCCAUGUUCACCCUCGCCUCUCCCCCAUAGCCUCUCUCUCUGCCCUCAGGUAAUUCUUGCUCACAUGCAUACUCAUACAAAUGGAAUCAGAAUUCUGGAGGCUGAAGCAGGCUUAGAGGUCACCUGGUUCUCCAUUCUCAUUUCAUAAGUGAGGAAGCAAGGAUUCAGAGAGGGCAAGCCACCUGCCCAAGGUCACACAGGGGGUUAGAGGAUCAGCAAGAAUUAGAUCCAGGUCUCCUGCCUCCCAGUUGAGUACUUACAAGUUGGUAUCAGCCUGUUACUCUCACAGCCAUGCACACACACACACACACACACACACACACACGCGUGCACGUGCGCGCGCACCAUAUGAAAACACAUCCACGUGGAAGGGUAGAGAUCCUCAUACCAGGCUUACAUCCAGGGGACUCUCUCCCACACUCUGACUCCUCCUGCAGAGAUUGCUUUGCCCCUUACAUCACCCCAUCCAGAGCCCAGCCGGAUGUGGAUAAACCAUCCUCCUGCCUUCCCAAAUUGUGGCUGACGGUUGCUCAGGCAACCGCCUGCCAGAUUGGGGAGAUUAGCUGAGGAAUGUAGCUGGGCCAGUUUGAGUUGAGGCUGGGGGUCCUGCUUUGAUUCAUCCCACCCUCUCUGGGAGGUCCUGGCAGAGAUGGGGUACCCCAGGUGGGGCCUGGUUUUCUUCCUGUCCCUAGUCCAGUUGAGACUGUGUCCCCAAAGCUUAGACUAGGCUAGGGGAAGGGAGUGUGUGUGUGUGUGUGUGUGUGUGUGUGUGUGUGUGUGUGUGAAUAUUUGAGUGUGGGCCAGUGUGUGUGUGUGUAUGUAUGUGUGGUGCAUCUCCUUGGGUAAGAUUGGAGUGUGUGCUAUUUGCAUCCAGCAUGGGGACUUGAGGCCCUUUUCCUUACCAAUUCCUGACAUCUGACUCUCGACCCUUUGGUGGCUUGUCCCACUCCUCAUCCUAUAGUGCCCUCUGGAGAAGUGAUCUGCCCUCCUGAUGGUUUAUAGGCUAUAUCACUUGUCUCAUCUGAAUCCAAGCGCUACUGGCUCAAACACCUACUGUGGCUUCCCAACUGAAAAGGAGGCCAAACUCUCCAUCCUGGCAUUUAAGGCCUCUUUUAUGUAAUCUCGACCCUCCUCCCUCCCAGUCUCAUUUCCCACUGUUACCCCAAUCUGGGCUUCUCUCUGUGCCCUGGAGGAACUCUGUGUUUACGCACUGCCUUCCCCUGCCUCCGCUGGGCCCUUUGCCUCAAAUGCCCUUCCACUCAUCUCUACUGGUCAGAAUGACAGCGAUCCUUCCAGGCUCUGCUUAGGUGCACCCGCCUCCAGAAAGCCUUCCUCUGCUCCCACCCUCCUCCCUUGGAUGUCCCUUGUGGCCUGUCAUUUGUUUUAUUCCCUUACUCCUUACUCAUACCAGGAGGUCUGAGGGCAAGGUGGAGUCUUAACCAUGUGUAUGCCUCUAAUAGUGACAGCCUGGGACCUGCUUUGUACUGUUAUUGCACUGAAUUGUUCUGUGAAUGGCACUGAAUUAACACAUGUGGGCAGCAGUAUACCAGGGCCUGAUUUUGUUUUUGCCUAGUCUCCUCGAAUAAAGAUAGGUGGCUUAAGUCCCAGCUCCUGGGACUAAAGGCGUGGCUCCAAGCAAGCCACCUAUUAUUUCUGUGCCUCAGUUUCCCUCUGUUAAACAGGAACAAUAAUAGUACUUACCUUCUGAGUUGCUGUGAGGGUUCACCAGCACAGGUGGUCACGGCGGUGAGUGGCAGCCCUCGUGGUGGUGUUGAUGUGUGUGUACAUGUCUGUGUUGACAUCUGUGUUGAUGGACUUGAGAGGGAUACCACUCUCGCUCUGAACCCAAAGUCUGAUCUAGCUUUUUACUCCAGGAUGGUGGCCUCUGGCAGGAGUUGGUCUCUAGCAGGAGCUGAGACUUGGCUUUGGGGAUCUUGGCUACUGAAUCUUCUAGACUGGAGGUGAUGAGGCCUAGGAGGGCUGAUUGUUCCCAACCCAGGGUGAGCUGGGGAAGAGAUGAGGGUGGGGCUCGCCUUGGUAAGCCUGGCCCCAGAGAUGUUACCCUAUAAGGGCUGUGGCUGGGAUGGGCCUUGCCCAGAGACACGGGGCUGGGGACGGACACAGACCAGGGAGUCGUUCUCUCUGGAGGCCACUCUGGAUGUGGUUAGUCAGCCAGGGAGGUCACCCUGGCUGGGGUCAGUUGUAGGAAUUAUUUGGCAGAGAUCAGGGGUCACUCUGGCCAUGGUCAGCAGGUCUGGGGUUAGUCAUUCAGUCUGUUGGUCAUCUGGCUUAAGUCAGAUGGUUUGGCAGUCCUCUGGAUGACAAUGGGGCCACUAUGGCCAGGGAAAAUCAGCUUGGGGCCGCUCUGGCUCAGGUCUAUCUGUCUGGGUGGGGUCACUUACUUGGGUUAGUCAGGCAGGGGGCUACUCUAAGGUCAGUUGGUAUUGGGGUCUCUCUGACCAGGUCUGUCAGUCUGGGAGUCCUGGCAGCUCAUGUGGCCUGGCUUAGGAUGGACAGAAGGAAGCCAAGGAACUGGCACUCCCAGGCUUGCCCCAGGGCCAUGUGUGAGACAUCUGGGGCAGCUGCCUUGUUACUUGCAAAGGAACAGGAAGGACCUGAGCCCCAGCCAGGGCUCUAAAUCCUGGGCUUCCCUUUUUGGCAGUCCCUCUGCUUCAGGGAGGCCUUGGCUAAGACCCUCAGGAGCAGACUCAGCUCAGGCUGAAUGAAAUCAACUAUAGCCUUCUCUAGGAAGCCCUCUCUGACCAUCCCAACUGGCCAUGUCCUCUCUCUCUGCUGUGCUGUGUGGAUCAUUUUCUAGUGGGAGAGCUGAGGCCCUCCCAGAACAGAUGGGGUUAAAACCCACCUCCUAUAGGCUACAGCCACUAUGCUGACCAGAGAUUUUCACACAAAGAGGCAAAGAGCUCAGUUCAGGUCCUGCCCCAGCUCUGGAGAGCAGCUUCUGUUAUUUCCUCCCAUCCAUUCAGUGUCAGCCUCGUGCCCACUUCUCAUCAUGAUUUUACACUCUGGUGAGGUCCAAGAAAAGUAAAGGUAAAGGGUGAGCCCUUUUGUGCCUGGCUCUGCUGGAUGUGUUUCCAGAUGCUACUUCAUGUGAUCUGCAUAACAACUUAGAGAAGUUCCUGCUACAGAUGAAACAAGAGCCUCUUAAAGUGUCACUGGCUGUGUCUGCAGAUGCCCAUCACUGUGCUUGGCAUGGGGCAGUCACUCCUCAAUUACUGCCUAUUUCUCUUACAUCCUCUUCUUGAACCUAGGAAGCCGCUCAGGUUUGCUCCUUCUCAUAGUGAAAGCUUUUCUGGUGGGCAGUGUGGACUUUGGCAACUGACUGAUAUGGGUUCAAAUCCUUCUGUUACUCACGUAGACUUAAGUAGCACACGUGAGGAGCUGCUAUUUCCUGAGUGCUUGCAUGUGUAGGCAUUGUGCUGAGUGGACCCCUGCACUGAAUCCACAGCAAUCCCAUGUGUGGAUGGGGAAACUGAGGCUCAGAAAGGUGAAGUGACCUGCCUAGUCACAAGGGUGGCAAAUUGCAGAGUCAAGAUUCAAUCCUAAGUGUGUCUGAUGCCAAAGGCCACUCACUCAUCUACCAUGUUAUGCUGUGGACAAACCCUUUACCCCUUAGAGCCUCAGGCACCUCAUCUGUCAAAUGGGGAGAAGUACCAGUGGCUGGCAGGCACUCAGGACAGGGGCUGGCACAAUUCGUGCCUGCUUCCUCACCACUCGCUCAGGUGUUUUCCUGGUCUCAGAUGCUUUAGACUACCCCCCAUGGGUCUCUAAACACUGAGGUUCAGGAGUGAGUUCAGGGGCCAGUGAGCAGUUACUUUCUGAACCAGUGGCGUUUAUUAGGUGCCUGACUCGAGGCUUUGAUGAGCUAGCUGAGAUUUAUGGACCUCAUUACCAACCAAAGACCUCACAUCUAUUUCAAUCUCUUUUUCCUUCUCCUCUUCUCAUUUAAACUGUAAAUAUUGGAUCCAAAUCUUGAGACUUUGCUUCCUCUAGUUAUGUGUGUACCCAGUCCACACAUGACUAUGUUUUUGCAUGUCACAUUUCUGCAGGCAGAGAACUAAGUCGGGUGACUUUGGGCAAUGAUUGAAUUUCUUAAGCUCAUCUGUCAAAUAGGAGUAAUAGUGGUACCUACCUCAGAGGGUGAGGCCUGAAUGAGACUUUGCACCUAGAGCAUUUAGCACUGUUCAGGGCUUGUCGUAAGUCUGAGAUGAUCGGUGGCCAUUGUUGAUUUUAAGGAAAUACCUCAGGGCUGGUUUAGGGCAUUCAUGACUCUGCCCAUCCCGGAGCUCAUGAUCCGUCUUCUAUGCAGAAGAUGGAGGGGUAGAUGAUGGGACACUGACUAGCAGUCAAGAGAGUUCAGUUCAAAUCCCACCUCUAUCACUAACUAGUUGUGUGAUCUUCAGGAAGUCAUUCAGCCUCUUUGGGCUUUGGUUUUCUCAUCUGUAAAAUGGAGAUAAUUAUAGCCCUAUUCUCACGAGUUGUUGCGAGGCUCUAGUGAUAUAAUAAUGGUAACUAGUUUUUGUUGAGGAGGGUCUUUGAUGGGUGGUUGAGCAGUUGGGGGUCCUGGAGAUUACUGAGGAGUCUGGUAUUGGGAAGAGACAGUGAAAAGAGGGCCAUGGUAGGCGGAUAGGGUGAAGGAGGGAGAGUUUUGU